AUGGAGCUGUCCUAUCAGUCGAUGAAAAUCGCUCAUGAAGCUCGGGAAGCGGAGGAGCUGAGAACUGAGACGAGGAAGAAGAACCUUCUUGUUCUGAUCUACCACCACUUGUUGGAGCAAGGCUACAUGGCAGCAGCUGUAGCCUUGGAUCAGGAGACAAAUGGUGGCAUGAAGAAGUUUGAGGUUUGUGACACCAUCGAUCUGGAGAUGGUGCUGAUAGAGUACGAGUGUUAUCACCUCGCCAAGUUCCAGAAAUAUCCAAAACUUGUCAGGAGAGCAGCAGAACCAGGCACAAAUGAAAACAAGCAGGCGAAGAAUGGUGGAGUCAAGAAACGUUCCUGCUCAGCCGGGAAGCCCCUUCCCAAAAUUGUCUCACCCCAAGUCCCCAAGUCUGCAAACGCAGUCAUGAAAACAGCUCCCAGUGAAAGCGUUCUCUCUGCGGUGCCGGAGUCCUCAGAGUACGGGCUCAACAUUUCCUCCAUCAGAAAUAAACCAGCUGGGAAUGCUGCCAUGAGCAGGAAGAUGGCUGAUGGCCAAGAAACAAUCUUUGAUGCUGUCAGAGGAUCAGGCUCUCACUCAGACCACAUGGAGCGGCUGCUGAAGCCCCUCAGCGGCUUUUCAGGGAUGAGUGGUGAGAUGAAGGAACUGGCUGCUAUCAUCAGUCGGGACAUCUAUUUGCACAGUCCAAAUGUGCGCUGGGAGGACAUCAUCGGUCUGGAGGACGCCAAGCGAUUAGUCAAAGAGGCCGUCGUUUGUCCCAUUAAGUAUCCAUGGUUAUUCACAGGCAUCUUAUCCCCAUGGAAGGGCUUGUUGCUCUAUGGCCCCCCAGGCACGGGGAAAACACUUCUUGCUAAAGCUGUGGCGACUGAAUGCAAGACAACCUUCUUCAACAUUUCUGCCUCCAGCAUCGUCAGCAAGUGGAGGGGAGACUCUGAGAAACUGGUCAGGGUUCUGUUCGAGCUGGCCAGGUACCACGCCCCGUCCACCAUCUUCCUGGACGAGCUGGAGUCCGUGAUGGGACAGAGGGGAACCAGCUUGGGGGGAGAGCACGAGGGGAGCCUGAGAAUGAAGACGGAGCUGCUGAUCCAGAUGGACGGCCUUGCAAGAUCUGAAGACCUGGUGUUUGUUCUCGCAGCCUCCAACCUGCCUUGGAAGCUGGACCAUGCCAUGCUGCGGAGAUUGGAGAAGAGGAUUCUUGUGAGUCUUCCCUCAUCGGCCGCACGCCAAGCCAUGGUGUCUCAUUGGCUGCCUCCGCUCAGCUCCGUCGGAGAGAUAGAGCUACAGACGGAGCUGGACUAUGAAAUGCUUGCAGAGGAGACGGAGGGAUAUUCUGGUUCUGAUAUCAGAUUAGUGUGUAAAGAAGCAGCUAUGAAACCAGUUCGUAAACUAAUUCAUGCUCUGGAGUCGCAUCAGAAUGGUAAAACAACGCAUAAAACACAAACGUUCUCGUGCAGGUGAUAUCCCUCACUGUGGUUCUUUUUUAACACAGACAUGCCUGAGAUCCAGCUGGGAGCUGUGAUGACGGCUGACUUCAUGGAGGCGAUUUCACGCACCAAACCAUCAGCCAGAAACCUGAUGGACAGAUACACGGCCUGGGACAGGGAAUACGAGUCUGUGUGA